AUCAAGAGAGCUGCGCGACGCGCGACUGCGCCCGAGGCAGAGUCAGCAGUCAGAAAACAGCUGAUUUUGAGAGUUUGUUUGAAAACAUAAGGAAGCAUUUAAAAUUGGAAUAAAUUAAUUUAUAAUCUUUGUUUAUAAUAUCCAAAAUGUCGAAUGCGACUAGGUCAGAUUUAGCGGGAAAUACAGAGGACGAUGAACUAACUUUGCCCAGAGCAAGUAUCAAUAAAAUGAUAAAAGAACUAGUACCAUCAGUUCGAAUCGCAAACGAAGCUAGAGAAUUAGUACUAAAUUGUUGUACCGAGUUUAUUCAUUUGCUUAGCUCAGAAGCUAACGAAGUUUGCAACCAACUCAAUAAGAAAACAAUAAAUGCAGAACAUGUUUUGAUGGCUCUGGAUAAAUUGGGGUUUAGUGAUUACCAUGCCGAAGCAGAGGCUGUUUUAAAAGACUGUAAAGCAGUAGCAGCAAAACGACGCAGGCAGAGUACAAGAUUAGAAAAUCUGGGUAUUCCCGAAGAAGAAUUAUUGAGACAGCAACAAGAAUUAUUUGCGAAAGCAAGACAGGAACAGGCCUAUGCUGACCAGCAGCAAUGGGAACAGCUGCAGGCAGCUGCUCAACAAGCACAAUUUUUACAAAUGUCAACAAACAGCGAUGAUCAAGAGGAUUAUUCUUAAAAAAAAAAAAUUAUGAAUGUAUGUGUUAUCAGUGGCGGCUCGUCAGGGUAGGCAAGGUAGGCGGCGCCUACCCUACAAUUUUGUCAGAUUUCUUUUUUACAUUAUAAUAUUUAUUAAUGUUGCCAAUACAUAUAUAAAUACUAUUAAUACACGGAAAUGAGUUGUAACAAUUAAUAUUAAUUUAAUAUUUGUAGUCUUUUAUAUUAAUAUAUUAACUACCGCUGGCGUAUACAGCGUUAGAAAUCAAAAUAAUUUUGACCGUUGGUGUAUAAUGCAUUCAUCUUCGUUCGGCGAUUUCUAGCAUCGCCUUUCAAAUUAAAUUAUGAUCUCCCACUCAGCCGUCGAUGUGUGUCUUUUGUCUCUCUCUAACUCAUCGCUCGGUAGCGAUGGAAAUCGAUGACUACGUCGAAUUAAGGCGGGGUUUAGGCGAUAUCUUCGGUCGCCUCGGCAUGCGCUUGGAUCUCGAUAGGUUUUAGAAAUUCGGUGGUUCCCAUAAUAUAUUAUUCAUCAUUAUGUUAUCAGUAUUUAAAACUUUAAUUAAAACCUGUUUAUCGACUGCCUAUUAUUGACUUCAAUGAUUGUGUACAGUGCAUUUGGUGUUCCUGUUAGAGUACAGUGCAUUUGGAUGUUAAUUUCUAAGUUAAUAAGGAGGAGAUACGGAUAAGUAUUAAUUUAGAUUAAAAUUUGGAGUAAUUAAUGUCGAUUUUCAAUAUGGAUAAUCCAAUUCAUACAAUUUAUGCGACGUAUACAAUACAUACAUUUACAAGUACUUCGGUUGAGAGACAGGUAUUACUGAGAGACAUUUUUCAUAUUUGAAACGCAUUAAAAAUUAUACUAGAAAUUCAAUGAAAAAUAAACGCUGAUCGUCAUUUGCCCUACUUUCAAUCGAAAAAGAUAUUUUCAUAGCCCUUCAACAAUCUGAUAACAUUACUGAUAUAAUAAUAAAUAAAUUUUCAUUAUUAAGAGAUCGGCGAAUCAAUUUAAUAUACAGGGUAUCCCAGAAAUAACUGCAAGUAUUUUAAGGGGUGGUAGAUCUCGAUAAAAGAUAAAAAAUUUCGUUAGUUUAGUUUUGUCCUAAAUAUUCUUAAGCCGUGUUUUAACCCAUAAGCUAAUAUAUUAGUUUUUACGAACUGGGUUAAGAUAUUAUGUAAAUUUUGGGGAACAAAUAGAUGUAAUUAUUUGAUUAUUUGAAGAUGUAUUAAUUUUGUCGCCUACCCAGUCUCACAAGCCACGAGCCGCUACUGUGUGUUAUUGAUAUAUUUUCCUAAUAUAUGUAUAUUUUUUGUAUUUCUUUGAAUUAAAUAAUGUAAAGUAAUAAAUGUAAUAUAAUGAUCUUUAUACUUAA